ACUUCUUUUCCUUAGGAAAAACACAAAUCUCCUCUUAUUAGAGUGUUUUCCUCGCUUUUCACUUGAUCAAUUCUUUAUUCUCUUCUCUUAAAGACUCAAACAUAUUCAGCUUAAAUAAUUACAAAAAAGAUAAUGGAAGGAAAAGGAGAAUGUGGUUGCAGUUUUUACCAAAGGGCUAAGCCUUAUAUAGCCAUGAUUUCCUUGCAAUUUGGGUAUGCAGGGAUGAAUAUUAUUACAAAAGUUUCUCUUAAUAGGGGAAUGAGUCAUUAUGUUCUGGUUGUGUAUAGGAAUGCUUUUGCUACUGCAGUUAUUGCUCCCUUUGCUCUUAUUCUUGAAAGAAAAAUUAGGCCAAAGAUGUCACUCAUGAUGUUCAUGCAUAUAUUUGUAUUGGGUCUUUUGGGGCCAGUGAUUGAUCAAAAUUUUUACUAUGCUGGACUCAAAUAUACAUCCCCAACAUUUUCUUGUGCUAUGAGCAACAUGCUUCCUGCUAUGACAUUUGUCAUGGCAUUUCUCUGCAGGAUGGAGAAAGUUGACAUAAAGAAAGUUAGAUGCCAAGCAAAAGUGUUGGGAACAAUAGUAACAGUAGCUGGAGCCAUGUUAAUGACAUUGUACAAAGGCCAUGUUGUUAACUUGUUAUGGUCAAAUCACUCUAUUAUUAAUUCUAGUGUACAAGAAACCAAUGGAGAUAAUUCUGAUAAAGAUUGGUUUAAAGGUUCAAUUCUCCUCAUUUUUGCAACUCUUGCUUGGGCUUCUUUCUUCAUUCUUCAGAAUAUCACAAUGAGGAAAUACACAGCUCCACUUUCUCUAACUGCACUUGUUUGCUUUAUGGGAACCUUACAAUCUAUAGCUAUCACAUUUGUAAUGGAGCACAAGCCUUCUGUUUGGACUAUUGGUUUUGACAUGAAUUUAUUAGCUGUUGCCUAUGCUGGAAUAGUAUCAUCAAGUAUAGCAUACUAUGUACAAGGUGUUGUAAUGGAGAAAAGAGGACCUGUUUUUGUGACUGCUUUUAGUCCUUUAAUGAUGAUUAUUGUUGCUAUUAUGGGCUCUUUCAUUCUUGCUGAAAAAAUCUAUAUUGGAGGAAUUCUUGGUGCAGUGCUGAUAGUGGCAGGGCUAUACUCAGUUCUAUGGGGAAAAUACAAGGAGUACAAAGAGAAGGAAAUUGAGGAGGCAAUAAUUCCUGAAGCAGUGAAGGGAGUUAAUGGAAAUAAUCAAAUGAUGAUUUUUGUAGAUAAUUAAUGAUAUAGAAAUGCAAAAAAGUAGUGAUGCAAACAAAAUCCAAACUCCAAUUAAUUAGUGUACCAAUGCCACAGCCCCUCAUGUUAGCUAGGGAAGCACCAAAAGCUUAAUUUUUGGUUGAGGAAUUAUUAGAAGCAAAAAAGAUGGGAAUUUUUUCCCAUUUUUUUUAAAAAAAAAAAUCUUUUAGCUGCCUGGUAAAUUAAAAAGGCUCUAUGUAACUUUUGGUGUAAGCUAGUAAUAUAUUUUUGUAUAUUUUUUUUCUUGGAGAAUAUUGAAAUAGCAUAGAAAUGUUCCUAUUUUGUACGUACCUCAAUGAUUAUAGAAAAUCUUUCA